GCCACCCGCCUGCUCAUACUCUGUCACUCUCUCUCUCUCAAAAAUAAAUAAAUGUUAUGGGCACAUAUGGGUGGCUCAGUUGGUUACGCAUCCGACUUCAGCUCAGGUCAUGAACUCACAGUUCAUGAGUUCAAGCCCCAUGUUGAGCUCUGCGCUGACAGUUCAGAGGCUGGAACCUGCUUCAGAUUCCAUGCCUCCCCCUCUCUCUACCCCUCCUCCACUCUGCUCUGUUUCUCUCUCUUGCUCUCUCAAAAAUAAAUAAAAACAUUAAAAAAAUUUUUAAUAAAUAAAUGUUAAAAAAUUUUUUUAAAAAGUUUUGCAUGACUUAAAUACUUCUUGAUAGAACAUACUGGAAAACACCCAGUAGGCUAGUAAUACCUCUCACUCAUAAGCCAGAAACCACCGUGUAUGAAAAAGUAAGUUAUAGUGAAAGAAAAGAAAAGCACUACUUAUUAUGCAACAUAGAUCUUAGAAGUCUCACAGUAUCUCAACACAGUUAUUCCCCAAAUCACAGUUGUCAAGGAAAAGCUUUUUAGACCACAACUGCAUAUGCACAAAGUGAAAGUCUAAGUGACACGAGGGAACCAGGGGGUUCCCUCUGGGCAAGUUUUCCCUUCAAAUACCCCUAUCUGCUCCCAUUCAGCCUCUUCUGAAUGCACAGCUCAUCUAAGAGCUGGCCUUUCAUUUCACUUUCCUGGACAGGUCAUUAGCUGAGUCAUUAGCUGAGGCAGAUUUGGAGUUCAAAGUGGACAUGUUGAGAAUAUGAUGCUGACUGGAUAUACAAGUCAGAUACCCAAUGAACAGUUGAAAAUAUCCAUCGGAAAAUUUCAAGGCAGAAGUUUGGACUGGAGAUACAAAGUUGGUGAUUGUUAGCCAAUACAUGAUAUUUAAAACUAUGAACUGAAUGAGAUCACCAAGGAGUGGAUUGAUUGAUUGUUGAGAGAGAGAGAACAUGCAAGAAGGGAUGGGACCCAGAGAGAGGGAGAGAGAGAAUCUUAAGCAGGUUCCACACGCUCACAGCUGUGAGAUCAUGACCUGAGCCAAAACCAAGAGUCGGACGUUUAACCUCCUGAGCCACCCAGGCGCCCCAAGCCAAGGAGUGGAUUUAGAUGGAGAAAGGAAGAAGGCCAGAGACUGAGGCUUUGCACAUUUCAACAUUAAGGGAUCUAGGAGAGGAGGAUGAACCAGCCAAAAAGUCUGAGAAGGAGAGAUCAGUGAGGUAGGAGGAAAACCAAGAGCAUGUGGUAUCCUGGAAGGCAAUGGAGAAGGGAAGGUGUGUGUCACAUGCUAUCUAUCACAUAUUUUAGUAGGUUAAAAAGAAGAGGAAUGAGAAUUGGUCUUUGGAUGUAGCAAGGUGGAGUUCACCAGUGACUUUGACAAUGGCAGUUUCAGUGGUGUGAUGGAGCAGAAGUCUGAUCGAAGUGAGAGAAAAUGAGAAGAGACAGAUUGAAAGCUUAAGCAGGAGCAAUUCUUUCAAGGAAUUGUGCUGCAAAGGGCAAUAGCUAUUGAUGAAAGUGAAGUCAAGAGAUUUUUCUUCUAAGAUGGGAGAAAUAAUGGCAUGUUUGUAAAUGGAUAGGAAUGAACCAAUGGAGAGCAAAAACUCAGAGAAGAAAAAAAUUCAGCACUGAGUUUGAGUAAGGAGAAGGGUGCAAUUAUUGUUUGAAUGGAGUAAUUGCUUCCAGAUAAGAGAAUGAGUGACUCAUCUCUGAAAGCAAAUGGGAGGGCAGAAUAUGGGUUGCAGCCACUGUUAGAGGUGAGCAGGAGUCUGUGAAAGUCCUCUUCUGAUUGCUGAGAAUGAGGGUAGAGGAGGAAAGGAGACAAAGUAUGAAAUCGGCCCCUGACAGAGUGAAAGGUGGAUGGACCUGAGAAUCACAAUGCGAUUGCCUGGCAGCAUUAAUGGCAUCACUGAGUUUCAGAGGCAGAAAUUUAAAGUGGAAUCAGGGGGCAGGGAUAUUUUUUCCCCCAGCAUCAUUCAGCUGUGUAAAGUUUGGGUUUAACUAGAGUUGUGAUUUUGACAUGCACAUGUUAAAAACAAGGGAGUCAAAGGUGUAUGCAUGUGGUGAUGAUCAUGAUUGACCAUGGAAAUUAAAUUGGGUAGAGGGAGGAGAAAGGGCCUCAAGGGGGGUGGUAGGAUCAAUGGAUUCUAGGUCCCAGUGAGAUUUUGGGAUUGUUGGAUUUGGGAGAAUAAAAGGGGACAAGAUGGAUGGUAGUGGAUAGAAAGUGAGAUACAAUUUGAAAGUAUGAAAGAGUUGCCUUAAAAGUGAAUGCCCGAGGUUGGGUGAAGGGCAAGAUCUUUGGAAGAAAGGGUUCAAGAAACCAAGAGUCCCUGAUCACUAAAUAAUUAUUGAAAUCUCCAAGAAUGGGGGUCAUUGGAGUAACAAUGAUGUGGGAGCUAAAAUGCCCUAGGAGCAGGCUGUUGACAUUAACAAUGACGGGCAGUGGGUCAUGAUGUAAGAUUCCAAGAUUGGGGAAGGCAUAUGCAGAUUAAACAAGGAAGGCAAAAGCAAGGUCUAAAAGUGGCCAGGAGGCUGCUCAUUUAGAGCCAGUGGUUCAGGGACUUAAGGGCAUAAGCUGCCCCCUGAAAGAUUUUUCAAGGUGGUUGAAAAUGUAAAGCACUAUGGGGGCACCUGGGUGGCUCAGUUGGUUAAGUAUCUGACUUUGGCUCAGGUCAUGAUCUCACAGUUCGUGAGUUCAAACCCUGCAUCGGGCUCUGUGCUGACAGCUCAGAGCCUGGAACCUGCUUCAGAUUCUGUGUCUCCCUCUCUCUUUGCCCCUCCCUACCCCGCUCAUGCUCUGUCUCUGUCUCUCAAAAAUAAAUAAACGUUAAAAAAAGAAAGAAAAUGUAAAGCACUAUGAAAUGUCAUGUAUUGCUAUUUCUAGUGUAUGAAAAAAUAGUAACUAUUAUUGCAAAUUCUUUCAGCAAAAUAUUUACAUAAAUAACCAGGAGGACUUCCUCCCCUGGCAAUCCCCAAAAGUAAUAAAUAGACUUCUUUUAAAGUCACUGAGACAAGAGAUCAUUCAGAAAGGUUUUUUCAGCAAAGUCUCUUUAUUUUCUCAUAAUGAAACUGUCAGAGAGUACCAACCCUGAUAAUUUAGACCUCUGAUAGUAAAGUUUCUAAAAAGUCUAAAGAGAGAUUUGAAACCCCUACCUCUGUUUAAGAGGAUGGAGAGAGAUGUCUGUCCCCUGUUCACCACUUUGGACAGGAUCUGGUCUUCUGUGAUUGACAUUUUUCCUUUAUGUGUUUCUUUUUUUAAUGUUUAUUUAUUUUAUUUUACUUUUUAUUUUUUAAUGUUUAUUUAUUUUUGAGAGGGUGCUAGUGGGAGAAGGGAUAGAGGAUCGAAGCGGGCUCUGGGCUGACAGCAGCCAGGCUGAUGUGGGGCUUGAAUUCAUGAACUUUGAGAUCAUGACUUGAACUGAGGUCGGUUGCUCAACCAACUGAGCCACCCAGGUGCCCCUAUUCAUUUAUUGUUAAGGUUUAUUUGUCUUUGAGAGAGAAACAGGGAGUGCAAGUGGAGAAAGGGCAGAGAGAGAGAAGGGAACAGAGGAUCUGAAGCAGGCUCUGCGUUGAGAGCAGAGAGCGCGUCGUGAGGCUCAAACUCAUGAACCAUGAGAUCAUGACCUAAGCUGAAGUCAGACACUUAACCGACUGAGCCACCCAGGUGUCCCUCCAUGUGUUUCUAACGUGAUGGAUGGUGAUGACCAAUUGUAACUUCUCUACUCUCAUUUGGGACUCAGGACGGUUUUCUUGGACUUCUUCUGAGGAAGAUUUCACAGAGGGUUUCCCCCCAGUAUAUUGAAGAUAUCCUUUCACUGUCUUCUAGUUUCCAUUGUUGCUUUUAGGUACCUUCGCCUUGAAGGGGCUCUUUUAUUGAGAAUCGAUGUCUUCUUCUGGGUAAUUGAUCACCAUAGACCCAGGGACACUUGACUCAUCAUUGAGGAAGAGUAAUCAUCAUGAAUAAUCAAAAAGCCGUAGCUACACUACUGCAAGAGUGCAAGCAAGUGCUGGACCGGCUCUUGUUGGAGGCGUCAGAUGUGUCGGAGGAGGACAAGAGCAAGGACCAGCAGUGCAGAGCUUCACUCCCCAGUGAAUUAAGGACCCUGAUCCAGGAGGCAAAGGAAAUGAAGUGGCCCUUCGUGCCUGAAAAGUGGCAGUACAAACAAGCUGUGAGCCCAGAGGACAAAACAAACCUGCAGGAUGUGAUUGGCGCCGGGUUGCAGCAGUUACUGGCGUCCUUGAAAGCCUCCAUCCUCGCCCGCGACUGCGCCACGGCUGCUGCCAUUGUGUUCUUAAGCGACCGGUUCCUGUACGGGCUCGACGUGUCGGGCAAGCUCCUGCAGGUCGCCAAAAGGCUCCACAAGUUGCAGCCGGGAACGCCAAUUGCUCCGCAGGUGGUCAUUCGCCAAGCCCGACUCUCGGUCAACGCAGGGAAACUUUUAAAAGCAGAAUAUAUCCUGAGCAGUCUAAUAAGCAACAAUGGAGCAACAGAUAUCUUGUCUGAAAUUCUGGGCGUUAAAGACAACAAGUUUCCCAGUACCUGGCUGUACCGAAACGAAAGUGACAAGAUCCUGGUGCAGUCAGUCUGCAUACAGAUCAGAGGGCAAAUUCUGCAAAAGCUAGGGAUGUGGUACGAAGCAGCAGAGGUAAUAUGGGCCUCAAUCAUAGGGUAUUUGACCCUUCCUCAGCCAGAUAGAAAGGGUAUUUCCACAUCACUAGGUAUACUGGCAGACAUCUUCAUUUCCAUGAGCAAAAAUGAUUAUGAGAAGUUUAAAAACAAUCCACAAAUUAACUUGGGUUUGCUGAAGGAGUUUGACCACCAUUUGCUCUCAGCUGCAGAAGCCUGCAAACUGGCAGCUGCCUUCAGUCCCUACACACCCCUCUUCGUGCUCACGGCUGCGAAUAUCCGUGGCACGUGCUUGUUGUCCUAUACUAGCUCUAAUGACUGUCCUGUGGAAAUGAAAAAUUCAUAUCUGUGUGAAGCCAAAGAGGCCUUUGAAAUUGGCCUCCUCACCAAGAGAUAUGAUGAACGAGUUAGUGGGAAACAAGAGCUUCACAGUCUUCUCAAAGCUGCUUUUGGCCUCACCACUGUGCACCAAAGACUGUAUGGGGAGACAGAGGUGGUCCGUACAGCAAGUCAGCUCUGUCAUGAAGCUAUGGGAAAGCUGUACAGUUUCAGUACUUCCUCUGAAAGUCAGGAGAGAGAAACUCUCUCUCAGGAGAUCAUGUCAGUUAUCACCCAGGUAAAGGAUCAUUUACAAAUUCAAAGCUUCUCAAACUUAGAUGACAAGUCUUAUGUUCCAGAGAGUUUCAAGCACGGGUUGGAUAAACCCAUCUUGCAUGGGCAAGUAGAUUUCCAAAAAAUCCUUGAAACCUAUUCACAGCACCACACUUCAGUGUGCGAAGUUUUUGAGGGCUCUUGUGGGAACAACAAAGAUAAACAGAAAGAUAUGAAAACGGGAGUCUGUAUCACUACUCUAGAAACAGAGACAAAAAACAUAGAUACUGUGUGUACCACUGAAGACAAACCACAUUUUCAAAAAAGCACCGUAAUAUCUUCCUCCCACAAGGCUAAGAAUGGUCAGGAGAAACUCAGGAGGAUAGCAAGGAAAAACUGGACCCAUUCUGAUGCCUUUCGAGUCUCCUUGGAUCAAGAUGGGGGAACUGAGUUUGAGUCAUCAGAUCACAGCCAUGGUGAAGGAGCUGUUUUGAACAAGUCUCUGAGUGACAGCCAGUGCUCCAGUUCUUGGAGCGAAUUAUCGGUGGUUAGCUCUUCUACCAGCUGGGAGGAAGUGAAUUAUGUGGACGAUAGGUCAACCAGAAAAGAGCCUUGCAAAGAAGUGCACCUUGUGGAUACUGAGUGUUCCGCUGCCCCGUCUGAAGACAUCAAUGAGGAAACCAGACCUGUACAUCCACUAUCUUCAGAGCUUCACGGUCUCUCUCUCCAAGUGUCCAAGGAUGACAAUUUAGAGUCUUUGCAAAGUCAACGACACAGCCACGUGCCCUUGAAAACCUCCCAUCCUCAUAACACAACAGGCAUGUUCUCAGCGUCUGGGGCGGGGCUGUUAGAAGGAGUUCCAGAAUAUGUGCAGAAAGCCAGAAAUAGGGGAUCCAGAAAUACUUCUGCUCAUUCCAGACCCUCGUUUGGUUCUGCUUCUUUGUCCUCUUUUGAUGCUGGUUGGCCCAAGAACACAGCCACAUACCCUUUGGUCCAAGAAGAAGAAACCUUUGAACUAAUUGAUGAAUUUCCAGAAAUCAACUAUGAUGCCGAAGAAAGGCAUGGAGAGGAAAUCAAAAGAGGCACAGGCCUUACAUUUAAAGAAAGUUCCGCCUGGGUUGACCCGGAAGGAGAAAUAGCAGAAAAAGAAGAGGAUAUGCCCUUAGACUCUGACAUAGUCAUGGAGGAUUCCCUGGGCCAACGUUCCAGGACAGCACGUAGCUUUUCCACUCUUCAUUGGCCUGUUCAAAAUCCUGACUCAGGAAAGAGCAGUGGCUCAGUCAAAGAGCAGGGCAUCGACCCUGAUGCCUCCACAGUGGAUGAGGAGGGCCAAUGGCUCGACAGCACAGAUGUUCACCCCACAAGCAGACGUGGCUCUUACAGCCUAUGUGUUCUGAGACAGUCGCAUGGUCAAUGGCCUGAAACCCCCAACUCCUCUAUAAGCAGUAACAUUCCCUCCUCUGAUUUUAGCAAGGACUGCACUACCACGGAGGAGGGAAACAAACUAGGAAACAUGCUAAACUGCAGCCAGAACUCCACCUCGUCUUCGGCAGGGUGGUUGAAAUCACCAGCAUUUUCCAGCGGUUCUUCUGAGGGGGAAAACCCGCAGUCCUUUCUGAAUUCCAGUGGAAGUUCUUUUGUUUCAUUGCCGGGAAUGACAAGGCAAGAGAUCCUAGAGGCUCGAACCCUGCUCCCUGAUGACUUUGAAAAACUUUUGGCAGGGGUGAGACAUGAUUGGCUCCUACAGAGACUGGAGAAUACAGGAGUUUUUAAGCCCAAUCAACUGCACCAAGCAUACAAUGCUCUUUUAUUAAAAUAUUCUAAAAAAUCAGAAUUAUGGACAGCCCAGGAAACUGUUGUGUAUUUGGGGAACUACCUGAAUGUGAAGAAGAAAGGCAGACAAAGAAACGCUUUCUGGGUUCAUCAUCUUCAUCAAGAAGAAACUCUGGGGAGGUAUGUUGGGAAAGAAUAUAAGGAGCAGAAGGGGCUCUGGCACCACUUCGCUGAUGUGGAACGGCAAAUGACCGCACAGCACUACGUGACAGAAUUUAACAAGAGGCUUUAUGAACAAAAGAUCCCAACACAGAUAUUCUAUAUCCCGUCCACAGUAUUACUGAUUUUGGAAGGCAAGACAAUAAAGGGAUGUAUAAGUGUGGAACCUUAUAUCCUGGGAGAAUUUGUAAAAUUAUCAAAUAAUGCGAAAGUGGUUAAAACAGAAUACAAAGCUACAGAAUAUGGCUUGGCAUACGGCCAUUUUUCCUACGAGUUUUCUAAUCAUAGAGAUGUUGUGGUCGAUUUACAAGGUUGGGUGACUAGUAAUGGAAAAGGGCUUAUCUAUCUGACAGAUCCCCAGAUUCACUCUCUUGAUCAGAACGAUGUCACUACCAAUUUUGGAAAGAAGGGAAUUUUUUACUUCUUUAAUCACCAGCAUUUGAAAUGUAAUGAAAUAUGCCAUCGUCUUUCUUUGACAAGACCUUCAGCUGAGAAACCAAAUAAGUCAUAGACUAUCUGGUGUGGUAAUGGGAUGGGCUUGGUGCCACUCACGGGAGCUGGGUCUUUCUCUUCCCCCAGGCACACACAGUAUAGUGAAGCCUGGUCCCCUCAGACUUAGGCAGGGCUGUGGGACUACUUCUGGCCAAUGACUUGUGAGAGGAAUUAGUGCCUAUCCAUUUCAGACCCAUAUUUAAUUGCCAGUGUGACUUGCUAUGGAGUUACUUCUGCCACAAUUACCAAGAAUAUGUCAGGAGACAGCUGCUUAUCGGCAUAAGUACUACAAUGAGGGCAACACGGGAAAGGCCCCCAAGUGACCCAUCAUGGACACAAAACAGAUGAGAAAUAAACUUUUGUGUUUAAGCCAUUGA